AUGUUCGCUUUACGUAUCGCUUCUAGAAUGGGCUACCGUGUAACCGGCACCUCUAGUUCACGUUCGAUAGCUAGCUUAUCAGCGCUCCCGGAUACGCAUCAGAUGCUGCAGAAAACUUGUCGUGAUUUUGCCGACAACGAGCUAGUUCCGAAUGCGGCCCGGUUCGAUCGAGAGCACCUUUAUCCGGCAGAACAGAUACGCAAGAUGGGAGAGCUAGGACUGAUGGCGGUGUCGGUGAAGGAAGAGUACGGUGGCACCGGGUUAGAUUAUCUCGCAUAUGCUAUCGCGAUGGAAGAAAUAUCACGCGGCUGUGCAUCGGCGGGUGUUAUCAUGUCGGUGAACAACUCACUGUAUUUGGGGCCUCUGACGCAUUAUGGAAACGAAAAUCAAAAGCAAAAAUACGUCGUCGAUUACACCGAUGGCACGCGCGUAGGUUGUUUUGCCCUGUCCGAACCGGGCAAUGGAUCGGAUGCGGGAGCCGCCUCAACCAUGGCAACGCUUAAAGGAGACCACUGGGUGUUGAACGGUACUAAAUGCUGGAUUACGAAUGGGUACGAGGCAGGUGCGGCCGUCGUAUUUGCCACCACGGACAAAUCACUCAAACACAAGGGCAUAUCGGCGUUCAUAGUGCCGAAGGAGACGCCCGGUUUUUCACUCGGUAAAAAAGAGGACAAGCUGGGCAUACGCGGCUCAUCGACCUGCUCGCUAAUCUUCGAAGACUGUGCCAUCCCGAAGGAAAAUCUGCUCGGUGAGCCGGGAUUCGGGUUUAAGAUCGCAAUGCAAACGCUCGAUGCUGGGCGAAUAGGAAUUGCUAGCCAAGCGUUAGGCAUUGCCCAAGCUUCACUCGAGUGUGCCGUCGAUUACGCCAACAAACGCAUUGCAUUCGGUAAACCGAUCUCUAAGCUGCAGGCCAUCCAAACCAAGAUAGCCGACAUGUCCCUAAGGCUCGAAUCAGCACGUUUGCUUACGUGGAGGGCCGCUUGGUUGAAGGAUAACAAGAAACCGUUUACCAAAGAAGCUGCUCAGGCGAAGUUGGCAGCUUCGGAGGCGGCUACCUAUUGUGCACAUCAGGCGAUUCAAGUGCUCGGCGGUAUGGGAUACGUAUCGGACAUGCCGGCCGAGCGACACUACAGGGAUGCGAGAAUUACCGAAAUUUACGAAGGCACCUCUGAGAUUCAGAGGCUCGUUAUUGCCGGUGCUGUUAUAAAAGAGCUAACGGCUUAG